AGUGUCCCUUAAUAAUAUCCUUAUACCGGAUCCCAGGUCACUUUUCAAGUGGUUCUCCAACUUCUCCUAUGGCUUGCAGCGACCUCGACCAUGAUGAUGAUGAUGGCGAGCCUUUCUUCUGCAUCCCCAUCAGGCUGCCACGAUGGACGCGACGAGAGCCCACUCACAUCACUGAAGAGAGGAGCGCACGGGGCGGAAGUCCCCCAGUACUAUAGCGAGGAUGACGAAGGCGCCGAAGACACGCGAACCAACGACGUACAGAUUAAUCGCAGCCAGCUGGUGGAUGUCCUGGGCGAGAACAAGGGUCCGCGCGACUCCAUUGGCGAGUCGUUCUUCCAAGGCAUUGACUGUCUGGACAGUGUGUCUCCCGACGACUCGCAGGAACGAAUGGGGGUUCAUUUUUUGGGAGCAGCGGUGAAAGACGGUGAUGAAGUCGACUUCACAGAGAGCGCGCUCCAGCAACUGGGAUCCCAACGUGGAGCGCAAGAGGCUCGUCAGACUCUCUUUCACCGGUACAGUCGCGUGCUUGAAGAUACGGAGGACGCUCCUCGUGGUCCAACCACCGUGGAGGUGGAGGGCAAUCCUUUUGCGUCUCGUCCUCCUCCGGUAGGCUCCGACGAUCAGCAGGACGAGGCCCCGCCGGGGUUGAGGAAAGGACGUGAUGGGAUCGAGACCAUUACGGAAAGAAGCAACGGGAUGAAGAUCAGCGACACUCAGCUGGAGCAUGUGCUGGAGGAAGGGAAGGACCCGCCUGAGUCCUUUGCCGAGUGGUUCUUUCAAACCCUCGACCAACGGGAUAGCCUGUCUGACGAUACUACCCAGGGACGACGUGCCCAUUCGAUGCAAACAGCACAGCAGCGAGGGCCUGGUGCAGUCAACGACGUCCCUGAGCGAAAGGUUCGGCACAUUGCACCCAAAGGUGGACCGGCGGAGCCUCGCCUCCUGGAGCCGAAUGCUCGCCUGUUUGAGGAUGUGCAUGACAGUGGUCUGUUGUUCCCGUUCGUCGACACGGACGUGGUAGCGUUCGGAGGCGAUCUGCUCUCCUCUGCCGGCGUGAAGACCAGCCCUGGCGGGGAAGUGCAAGAAGUGCAACCGUCUCCCACGGACGCAUCACUCUUCUUUCUACUGGAGAACGCGGUGUGGAGUUUGCGAAACGCAUCCGGUGGCGUCAAUGUCAGCAGCUUCGCCGGUCCCUUCUCCGACACACUAGCUUUCACCGUCGUGGACAUGGAGCGCUACGGCAUGCGAGGCAAAUUCCUCCUCAUGGCCGAUUCCGGCUACUCCUGGUUGCGACCUUUCAGGUUAGCCUCGUACGGAGCCCCUUUCACCUUAAUCUAUCUUCGGGAUCAUGUCUCUACCUUCCUUAUUCUAAGUCUUGCUGCGCAUCCGUCACAGCCCUUUCUUUACUUCUCAACAGUCUCUUCCAUCUUCAAGUUGCCACUCCCCAUGAACGAGAAUGAUGUCUAUACGGUGCGACCGGUGAAAAUUGGGUCGGUUCAAGCGAGCGCCCCCAGCGAGUUGGUUUUCAGGGAGGUUCGCGUGAGCCAGCAAGCCUUCUCUGCUGAUGGCCAGCUGAUGUACGUUGCCGACUGUUUGGCCGGUGCGAUCUACCGCGUGUGGAGCUCAACCGGAGAGAUAGAGAGAAUCGGCGGCGACGACAGCGGAUCUUCCCUGGCGCUCUUGGACUUGGAGUGCCCCCGGGGACUGGCGUUGACCUUCGACGGGUGCCACUUGUUUGUCACGGAGUGCCACAUCGGGAGAAUCCGACUAAUCAGCUUCGAAAACAGUGGGGGGCCGGUGAAGAGCACCCGCAUCUUAGCAGGUAAGAGCAGCUCUCCCUAUGCCUACGAUCCGAAAUUGAAGCUCUUGUUCGGCCUAGCGAUGUCGGCGGACGAAAAGUAUCUCUACGUCGGCGGUCAAGGCACGGCUAUCUACCAAUUCGAAAUAAACAAGACAGCCUUGCCUUCUUGUUCUCCUACCCCAAUUCCUCCUCCUCCACCGUCAUCACACCCCACGCCGCCAUCCCCCCCAAACAUUCCGUCGGAACCGUCGUCGCUUUCUUCUUCUGGUCCUCCUCCAUCGCCCAUUCCUCCUCCUCCUCUCGCUCCCGUUACCUCUUCUUCAUCCAGUCCUCCUCCGUAUGUACCACCGUCUAUCCCUACAUCAUCAUCUCACGCUCCACCUCCAUCGCUUCCUGUUGUAACUCCACCCGUUUCGUCUUCCAGUCCUCCCCCGCCCUCGUCGGCAGCGGCUAGCAGCAGCAGCAGCAGCCACGGCCCUGUCGUUCCUUCUCCAUCCAGUCCUCCUCCAUAUGUACCACCGUCUAUCCCUACAUCAUCACCUCCCGCACCACCUCCACCUCCAUCGCUUCCUGUUAUAACUCCACCCCUUUCGUCUUCCACUUCCGCCCCACCUUCCUCCGCAGCGGCUAGCAGCAGCCGCGGAGCUGUCCCCGGUACUAGCUCUUCGCAGAGCUCCCGCUCCCGCUCCCGCGCUCCCUCGAAGCUCGCAGACCUCACACCCAUUCUUAUCUCUCUCGCCGUCAUUUUUCCGCUGCUCAGUGCCGCGGUGGCUCUCUGGAUCGCCUGGUGUUGCUGUGGCUUACGUAUGCCUUGCCGGGAAGACUCUGACAGGUUCAGCUCCCCUGGUCCAGAAUUGCAAGUAAUCGACAUACCUGCGAAUAGCAGUUAUGGAAGGGUUAUCGGAUCACGAUCACGACAGAUCGAACCAGUGACAAGCUAUAGCCCAGGAGGGGAAAACGAAUGGCGGAGAGCGCGGAGAGUGGGUUCAGCGAAUUGUAGUUCUUCUGAGUCUCUUCCCUAAGAAUCCCUGUUCUGUUUUUCUUUUUGUUAUGAAAUCCCUGUUCAGCUUUUUUUUUUGUGUGUGUGUUGUGUCACUUGUGUGUGCUAAACUUGGUCACUCCCCUGUAUAAGCGUC